AUGUAUCUAUCGUUAUAUCUGACUCUCUCUCUCAGUCUGUCUAUCGAUCAAUCUAUUUGCGUCUUUUUUUAUAUCUAUCUAUCUAUCUAUCUAUCUAUCUAUCUAUCUAUCUAUCUAUCUCCCUUUUCAUUUUCCAAUCUAGCUAGCUCAAUCCUUUUUCAUGUAUCUAUCGUUAUAUCUGACUCUCUCUCAGUCUGUCUAUCGAUCAAUCUAUUUGCGUCUUUUUCAUAUCUAUCUAUCUAUCUAUCUAUCUAUCUAUCUAUAUCUAUCUAUCUCUAUCUAUCUCCAAUCUUCUCAAUCCUUUUCAUGUAUCUAUCAAUCUACUCUCUCUCAGUCUGUCUAUCGAUCAAUCUUUUGUCUUUUUCAUGUAUCUAUCGUUAUCUAUCUAUCUAUCUAUCUCUCUCUUUUCUGUCUCCAAUCGAUCAAAUCUAUUAUCGUUAUAUCGUCUCUUUCAGUCUGUCUAUCGAUCAAUCUAUUUGCGUCUUUCUAUCUAUCUAUCUAUCUAUCUAUCUAUCUAUCUAUCCUUUUUUUUCCAAUCUAGCUAGCUCAAUUUUUUUUCAUGUAUCUAUCGUUAUAUCUGACUCUCUCUCAGUCUGUCUAUCAUCAAUCUAUUUGCGUCUUUUAUAUCUAUCUAUCUAUCUAUCUAUCUAUCUAUCUAUCUAUCUAUCUAUCUAUCUCCUUUUCUUUUUCCAAUCUAUCUAUCCUUUUCAUCUAUCUAUCUAUCUGACUCUCUCUCAGUCUAUCUAUCUCAAUCUAUUUCUCUUUUUUAUCUAUUUUAUCUAUCUAUCUAUCUAUCUAUCUAUCUAUCUAUUAUCUCCUUUUCAUUUUCCAAUCUAG